AUGGCUACCUCGAGGGACGCAGUCAUCCCCCAGGCCGACCGUAUGUUUGAGGGCGGCACCCACAAGCUUGACGUCUGGUCCAUCUUCACUCCUGCCAAUGUCCCCGCCGACUGCAUCAACCUCGGCCAGGGCUUCAUGAACUGGGCUCCUCCCGACUGGAUCCGCGAGGCCAGCCACAAGUCGAUGGACCAGGACAUGAUGAGCAACCACUACGCUCACCCCCGCGGUCGCCCCCGUCUCAUUAAGGCUCUUUCCGAGCACUACUCUCCCUCGUUUGAGAACCUUGUUGCCGAGGGCCGCAAGCUCCAGACCGACGAGAUUGUUGUUACUGCGGGCGCCAACUGUGGCACCUACGCCGCUAUGUGCGCCCACCUCCAGCCCGGCGAUGAGGUUAUUUGCAUCGAGCCCUUCUUCGACCAGUACUUUGCUACCAUUGUCUUCAACGGCGGCACUCCCGUCUACGUUCCCCUGCACCCCCCCAAGGAGGGCAAGCAGGUCAGCGGCUCCAGUGACUGGACCAUUGACUACGACGAGUUCCGCGCUGCCUUCACUCCCAAGACCAAGGCUGUGAUCAUCAACACCCCUCACAACCCCGUCGGCAAGGUCUUCUCGCGCGAGGAGCUCACCGAGCUGUCCAAGAUCUGUAUCGAGAACGACGUCCUCGUCAUUGCCGACGAGGUCUACGACUGCAUGGUCUACGACGACAAGGAGCACGUCCGCAUCGCCUCGCUUCCCGGCAUGUGGGAGCGCACCCUCACCGUCGGUUCGGGCGGCAAGUCGUUCGCCGCUACUGGCUGGCGUAUUGGAUGGCUCAUCGGCGCGCCCGCGCUCACCGCCGCUACCUUGGCCGCGCACACCAAGAUUGUCUUCUGCACCAACGCACCCAUGCAGGAGGCUGUCGCUAUUGGCCUCGAGGGCGCCAAGGAGCACAAGUUCUUCGAGACCCAGCUCCAGGAGUACACUGAGCGCCGCGACAUUCUCUGCUCGUACUUUGACAAGCUUGAGCUGCCGUACACCAAGCCCGACGGAUCCUACUUUGUCCUCGUCGACAUGUCCAAGAUCAAGGUCCCCGAUGACUUUGUCGUCCCCGCUACUUGCAAGGGCCGCGGAAAGGACUUCAAGCUGUGCUGGUGGAUGGCCCAGACCCUCAAGGUCGUUGCUAUCCCUCCCUCAGAGUUCUACUGCGAGGACCACGCCGGUAUUGGCGAGAACUUUGCCCGCUUCGCGUUCUGCAAGGACCCCGAGCUCCUCCACGCCGCCGGCGACCGCCUCCUCAAGCUCAAGGAGUACAUGUAA